GAUUCGUCGAUUGCGCCCUGUGCUCGUGCCAUGGCGAACGAGCGAGUUGGACUGGGACUUCAGUGCAAGCUGCUCGAGCGAAGGGAUUGGAGUGAAGCAUGCACUAGAAACAGACACCAAGAGACAGACGAUGCUGACUUGUCGGGCAAACCGGAUUGGGAGCGAAUAUAUGAUCUAGCGGUUUGCAAGCCGCUGCUUCCUUUCCGCAUUUUGAAGAGGUACCACGAGCUUCAGCAUGCUGAUCAUUUCUAUGCAUGGCAUGGUCAUGUCAAAGAACAAAGGAAUGUGGACAACACAGCGAGCAACUACAACAACCUGAUUAUGAAAGCUGCAGGAGCUCUGUUGAUAGUCACUGUUUGGAUUAUUCUCUUGCCUCGGAUCUAUGAUCUUUCUCCUUCAUGCGCAUCUUUACAAUCGGAUGUGUCAAGUCAGUGCUCCUAUACGCUGGCAGACCCCACUUGCUUUGGCACUCUGGACUCAGUAGCGAGCACUUGCAAACUGACAGGAUCCUGCAUUGGAACUUUCAUCGGAUGGACCCGAGGAUUCUUGAUGGUCGUGAUGAACGCGCUCCUCCCUCUUCCUGCUCAGCAUGGAACCGAGCAGUAAGACAAGCUGUCAUUCGAUUGGAUCUCCUUCAUAAACCUCUUGUGUGGUGCUGUAGGUAUUGGGAUGUUUGGAUCCGACGCAA